AUGUCCCAAGAUGGUACAACACCAGCUCCAGCAUCACCAACACUAGAUAUGAUGGCAAUGAUGAUGCAGAUGAUGCAACAGCAAACCCAGCUUAUACAGCAAAUGCAGGAAAAGAAAACUUUCAAUAAACCUGCAAAGAACUCACAAGAUCUUGAAGCUGGACUCAAUGCUCUCAGGAACGACUACAAGAGAGAGCAGAUGACGUUUAGGAAGAAGGGUGAUGAAGAUUAUGAGAAUGAUCCGAUCGAGGAAGACGAGAUCAAGUCCACUGCAUCCACAAAGACCCUCCAGGAUGAAAGAGAUGAUGAGGGAUUCCUUACCAAGUCUCAAAGACUCUUUGUCCUUGAGUUCUUCACGAUCUCUGCCUUGAGAUCUAUGAGGAAUUGGAAGGGUCGCGUUCCAA